GAGAGCGAGAGAGACAGAUAAAUAGAGAAGAUGGGAAGAAAGGCCAAUUGUGACAAUCAAUAUGCUAUGAACAGAGGUCCUUGGUCUGCUGAAGAAGACAAAAUUCUUAUGAACGACGUUCAAGUUCAUGGGGAAAGAAAAUGGAGAGAGCUUUCUAAAAGAGCAGGCUUGAAAAGAUGUGGGAAGAGUUGUAGACUCCGAUGGCUGAAUUAUCUCAAGCCAGAUAUCAAGAGAGGAAACAUUUCUUCGGAUGAAGAAGAUCUCAUUAUCAGACUACAUAAGCUCUUAGGGAAUAGAUGGUCUCUAAUUGCGGGACGCUUACCAGGGCGAACAGACAAUGAAAUUAAGAACUAUUGGAAUACUUAUUUGAGAAAGAAGACAGAGCACAAGGACAAGCAUAACAAAAUUCUUAGCCAUAACAACAACAUUCCUAUCAAAUUAAGAAUUGAAUCUCCACAGUGCUCAAAAAAUUCCUCUGGUAAUGUUCUUGAUCCUGCAAAAUCCCCUCACCCGAUGAGGUGUACCAAGGUUAUGAUGCCAGUCAAUGAUUCAGUCAACACAAUGAAUUUGAUUGCAACGAGCUGGGAGAAUCAUAACCCUUCUGCAUCCAUGCCACUAGAUGACCAUAAUCAUUGCUUAACAGGUGUCCUCCAAGACCUUGACAUUAGUGACUUGUUAAUGUCGUAUGAGGAUGAUUGUCGUUUUAAUGGAUAUGCUUGUGUCGAAAUACCCCAACAUAUUUUUAAAGAUGAGACUUGGAGGCUUGAUGAUUCGAUGGGUGAAGAAGCAUGGUAUGAGAAUUGGAAGAUUGACACCUAUUUUCCACAAGAUAUGGGGUUUUCUUCAUUUUAAAAGUGGACAAAAUUUAGGUACAUUACCUUAAAGUGUUUUUAGUAUUGUUAUUCAAUCAAAAUUAGAAUUUCAUUUUA